AUGACACCAAUUCGCGUGGGCUUUGUCGGUCUCUCGCAGUCGGGCUGGGCUUCUUACACACUUGCUCCGCCGUUGCUACAGCCACCUCUAUCCGCCUCUUAUGUACUCACCGCAAUCUCCACCAGCAACCCUACAUCGGCCUCAGCGAGCGCCGGGAACUACAGCAAACUCACUGGGCGAACGAUAAAGGCCUACCACGGCCCAACCACGGGAAUCGCUAACGACGAGGUUGUAGACAUGGUAGCUGUAGCGGUAAGAGCGCCUUACCACAAGGAGACUGCCUUGCCAGUUAUCCAGGCAGGGAAGGAUCUUUUCAUCGAGUGGCCUGCGGGGAGAACGCUGGCGGAGACGAAGGAGCUGGCGGAGGCCGCGAAGUGCAGGGGAGUUAGGACAUUGGUUGGGUCGCAGGCAAGGCAGAGUGGGCUAAUUCGAGAACUGAAGGGCGUGAUUGACUCGGGGAAGAUAGGGCGAGUCCUAUCGACAACUGUCACCGCGCGCCCGCACCGCGAGCUCUUCGCAUGGGGCCCUUACAUCUCGGAAGGCGCAAAGUAUACCGCGUCAAUUGGCGAAGGUGCCACUAUGCUGGAUAUUGCCGUCGGCCAUUUCCUAGACGGCUUGCUGUACCUGCUGGGGCCCUUCUCUUCCAUAUCGGCCGUGCUGGAGAACCAAUUCCCCACUACUCAGAUCGUCGAUUCUACAGGAAAACCUACCGGGGAGACGAUCCCGCAAACAGCUGCGAACCAGGUCAUGAUAAUCGGGACGCUGGAGAGGGGAGCUGUCGUGUCGAUGCAUUGGAGAGGCGGGCUGGAGACGAGGGGUGGGAAGGCGGGGACACCGUUCAUGUGGACGAUCGAUGGGGAAAAGGGGUCGAUUAGGGUUGAGAGCGACGAACCUUCGGGAAGUUUCGUGCAUGUCCGGACACCGGCAUCCUACUUCCUCAAUGGUGAGGAGGUGAAAGUGAAGGUGAAAGACGGAUUGAGUAACUCGGCAAGGGCUUGGGCCGAGUUCGCGAAGGGACCGGAUGGAGAUUAUAGCACGCUGGAUGACGCCGUAAGGACGAAAACCCUCUUGGAUGCGGCGACGCGUAGUGCUGCGGAGGGCAAACGCAUUGACCUCUGA